CGGAAAUGGCCCCCAAACUUUGCGCUCUAUGUUCGACCAACAAAGCGAUCCUGAAACGACCAAAAACUGGACAGCAAGUAUGCAAAGAUUGCUUCUUCUACGUGUUCGAAACUGAAGUUCACCAUACCAUUACCCGAGCUGGCCUUUUCAAACCGGGGGAUAAAGUUGCGAUUGGGGCUUCUGGGGGAAAGGACUCCACUGUCCUAGCACACGUUCUCAAAACUCUGAAUGAACGGUACAACUAUGGCCUCAUUCUCUUUUUGUUGUCCAUCGAUGAGGGGAUUACAGGCUACCGUGAUGAUUCGCUAGAGACGGUCAAACGCAAUCAACAACAAUACGAUAUGCCUCUUAAGAUUCUCUCAUACGACGAACUGUAUGGAUGGACAAUGGAUGCUAUCGUUUCACAGGUCGGACGGAAGAACAACUGCACAUUUUGCGGUGUAUUUCGUAGGCAGGCGUUAGAUCGAGGAGCGGCAAUGUUGAAUGUGGAUCAUAUCGUUACUGGGCACAACGCAGAUGAUAUAGCUGAGACAGUUCUGAUGAAUAUCAUGAGAGGUGAUAUUGCACGGCUAGGACGAUGUACUUCGAUCGUGACAGAAGGCGAGGACACAAUCAAACGUUCGAAGCCGUUCAAGUACGCCUAUGAAAAGGAGAUAGUCAUGUAUGCCUACUUUAAGAAGCUUGAUUACUUUUCCACGGAGUGCAUUUAUUCUCCUGAUGCCUAUCGUGGUCAUGCACGGACCUUUCUCAAAGAGCUUGAAGCUGCCCGGCCCAGUGCAAUAAUAGAUAUAAUCCACUCUGGAGAGGCUUUCGAAAUAAGGGAGGAAGUAAAAGCAGGGCAAAAAUCGCAACAAACCUGCAAGCGUUGUGGAUACAUGUCGAGUAAUGAUCUUUGUAAGGCGUGCACCCUACUGGAGGGCCUUGAGCGUGGAAUGGCAGGUUCUGGAAUCACUGAGCGCGAGAGAAAGAAACUGGAUGCCGAAGGACGUGCCCCAGAAAAUCUGCGCACGAUACCGUUCUACCGGAGGAGUACAAGAACGCCAGGACCAGAGGUUCCAAUCGUGGUGGAAGCCCAAGUUGACCCCGCUAUGAUCACGGAUCACUAUCGUCCUUAUACUGCAGAGUGAUCCAAGAAUAUCUGGUCGAUUGUGACCUACCACAUGAACACGAAGUUCCGUUCAAGAUACGUCGAGUACGGUAUCUGCACGGGAUAGAUUAGGUUCCUAUCGAAGUAGAAAACAGGAAUCCAUUCUCGAAUGAAAUUCAACGUCGAUUAUCUGCGAUUACUUUAUUCGAGGCUAGUUGGAGUUUCCAAGACUCCGACCAUGUACUAGGUUCAAUCGUGGGUAUCGAAGUCCAAUAGACACAAACGAGGCAAUAAAAAUACAGGUGGAAUUGUGAAUCAUCCUCGGUCGGAAAUCUUUUAGACCUUCAGUCGAAAUCAAACGAUUAUCCCGCUUCUUCUCGCUGAUAUUCUGAAAGUCAAGGAACACCAAAGAAAAUAAUUUUUGCGCGGAGGAUCCCCCCGAACGUUGUCAUGGGCGGAUCGGGGAAGGAAUUGCUUCGGUUCUAGACGCUUGAUGAGACAUUCGUCGGAGGAAACUUGUCGAAGAAGGUCAAUGUCAGUCUCUCAUCACUCAUACCACAUUAUCCUGUUCCCUUCCUCAGCCUAGUCUCCCCGACUGUAAAGCUGAUGCAUGCAAUCGGCUCAACCUGCCCCCAUCAUAGCUGCUUAUUAGUGGUGGCCUUGAUACAUUUUGACUUCUGUAUUGUAAUUGGUAUGUUAAACUAUUGUACAUGAGCGA